AUGUAUGUUUCGUUACUCAGACAAACCCAUUUUCCUGUUCUCGAGGCACCUAACCCUUACAACACAACGGGAGAUAGCAGCGAGUAUAUUGGGUUGCAGGGCGAGUUGCUUAACCGACUCGGACAAGUUGCUGCAGCAGGUGGUUCUAAGAGGAAGUAUGCACAAGGAGAUGGCCCUGCUUGUCCACUUUACACUAGAUUCUUCGCUUCCGUGCAGUGUACGCCAGAAUUGUCUGAGAAAAACUGCAAUGAUUGUCUCACUUACGGUUUUGAGAACGAGACCAAAGGGAGAAUAGGGAUCAGGUGGUUUUGUCCGAGCUGUAAUUUUCAGAUAGAGAGUGACUUGAGAUUCUUCCGUCUCGAGUUCCAGUAUCAGCCUGAUACACCAACAAAGCCAGGUCAAACAAAGUACUCUGCAUUUAGUGUCAGGAAGUAG